AUGGAGGUUUCUGAGAGCACAAUAUUUGCGGCUGUUCUUGGAUUUCAGUGGAUUGUAUACUUGUGGGAGUCAUAUCUAUCAUCGAGACAGAGAUUUUUAGCUCGUACAGUAGAGACAGUACCGGAUAAGUUAAAACAUGUGUUGGAUCAAGAGACUUUCACCAAAGCACGCCUUUAUCAGCUGGAUAAAAGUACUUUUGGCUUCUGGCAAGGAGUGUAUUCUCAAAUAGAAACCACUCUGAUUUUGAUUUUCGGUGGGUUUCCAUUCCUUUGGUGGUAUGCUGGAGAGAUAACAAACAGAUUUGGAUAUGGAGCGGAGUAUGAGAUCCUACAGUCUUUGGUUUUUCUGUUCAUGACCAGCAUAUUCUCCACAGUUACCUCCCUUCCAUGGACAGUGUACUCAACAUUUGUGUUAGAGGAAAAGCAUGGAUUCAACAAACAGACACCUGCAUUUUUUGUGAAGGAUCAGAUAAAGAAGUUCACAGUGAUGCAGUGUAUCUCCCUGCCUAUUGUAUCCGGACUGAUCUAUAUUAUUCAGAUCGGGGGUGACUAUUUCUUCAUCUAUGCAUGGAUCUUUACAUUCGUAAUAUCCUUGCUAUUGAUCACAAUCUAUGCUGACUAUAUUGCUCCACUGUUUGAUAAGUUUACUCCACUACCUGAUGGAGAACUCCGCUCAAGGAUUGAAGCCUUGGCUGCCAGCAUUGACUUCCCUUUAACAAAGCUCUUCGUUGUGGAAGGCUCAAAGAGAUCUGCCCACAGCAAUGCCUACUUCUAUGGGUUCUUCAAGAACAAAAGGAUUGUUUUGUUUGAUACACUGAUAGAGGGCUACAAAUCUCCAGACGAAGAGAAAGACAGAGAUAAUGAGGAGAUGGAAAAGAAAGAAAAAUCUGAAGACUCAGAUGAAACUGAAGAGAAAACAGAGGAGAAAGAAGAAAAACAGGGAAAGCACAAGAAACAGGGCUGUACUAAUGAUGAGAUUCUAGCUGUACUUGCUCACGAGUUGGGGCACUGGAAAAUGAAUCAUAUCAUUAGUAAUCUUGUGAUAAGUCAGGUAAACACAUUUCUGUGUUUUCUGAUAUUUGCCCUACUGAUUAAGGAGACAGUGUUGUACACAGCCUUCGGAUUUGACAGUCGACCAGUCCUCAUUGGGAUGCUCAUCAUAUUUCAGUUUAUCUUCUCUCCAUAUCACGAGGUGUUAUCCUUCUGUAUGACAGUCCUCAGCCGUAAAUUUGAAUUUGAAGCUGAUGCAUUUGCCAAGAAAAUGCAAAAGGCUUCAGAUCUAAAAUCGUCAUUGAUAAAACUAAACAAAGACAAUCUGGGCUUUCCUGUUGUGGAUUGGCUGUAUUCUACAUGGAGUUAUUCACAUCCCCCUCUGUUGGAGAGACUAAAGGCUUUGGAGAAAACAGACUAAUCAAGAAAUCAACAAACAUGGUACCUGUUCUAAGACAUGUGCUUGGCAACAGAGUUUGACAUUUGAAUUAAGAGUCCAUCAUGAUUUUCUCACUGAAUUAAUUUCGACAUUUCAUCUAUAUAUGUCUGGUAGACCAUUGCUAUUUUGACUACAUCUACAUCUACUGAUUUUAGUUUUUAAGUUAAUUGACAAGUUUGAUUGACUUCUGUCUUAUUCUGCCUGAUUUUUUUGUAACUAAAUUAUAUCAAUAUGAUAGUGAUUGUUACAAAUGAAGCAACCGUAUGUCAAAUCUUGAUAUCAGUUACCACCCAAGUUGCAAAUUUCUGACUGUUCUUUGCCUUUUAAAAACUUACUUUAAUGACUUUCAAAACUAUUGUUAGCAUCAAAAUAUCUCCCCUAUUGUCAGUUUGGAAAGGCGAAAUUGGUGGGAAUAUUCUCAGCCAUAUCUUCUUAAUAUAGCAGGUCAGGAUAUUCUGAACUGAAAGGUCAAAAGUUUUAUGCAAAGUAUUAGAUAAAUACACAGUGUGUAUACUGUUCACUAAAAAUUCUGUUGUGCUUGCAAUUCUAUUACUUCUUUAGAAUUAUUUUCUGUUGAUUUUAUAACCUUAACAAAUAUUUCAUUCUGUUUGGCUUAUAAAAAUGCAAACCUGUUAUGACACAAUGAGGCCUGUACAAACAUUUGUAAAUAGAUCUAGCUAGAUCUAUAAAGAAUUUCUGCAAAUUAAAUUAUAGAUGUUUGUUUAAAUGGUAAUUUGAGGUGUACAAUUUCCGUAAGAACAUUAAGUAGAUGAUUUUUAACAGUUUUUGUCAAAAGCAUGCUAUGAAAUCCAUAAUGGUGUGGAAUAUUCCUUUAACCAAUUGUAGCAACUACGGUAACAUUUUUAGAUAUUGAAAUGUUUUUGAGCACUUUUUGAUACACCCGUCAAGAAUGGGUCGUAUUAUCUAAAUCUAAGCUGCAGUAUCUGUUUGUCCGUCUCUUAACUUUGCUUUGUUAGUGCUCUCUUACCUUUAUUUAUAGGCUGAUUUUAAUGAAAUUUCCCACAAAUGUUCCACACUAAAAGAAUUUUGCAAUUAUUCUUAGCAGUUAUGUCCCUUCUGUUGGCAAUUAUAGGCAUUACUUGGAAAGUCAAGCUCUCUAAUACUAAAUUAACUGUGGUACAAGAAUCUAAGUGAUCUAACAUAUAUUAUGGGUUUGACAUGUAACCCUGUAUUUUCAGAGUAAUGCCCUUUUAUUGUUUUCAUAAUGUUUAUCUUGUUCAAAUAUCUCUAGUCUCAGUACUCAGUGAUUUAUUUUGAAAUAGGUAUGGCUUAAUUGCCAUGACCUGAAGUUGUGUUGUAAAUCAAAUUUUCUUAGGCAUGGGACAGGCUUAUAUUGUUCUGCCUCAUGGUACUCUUGUUAUUAAGGAUGUAUGAAACUCAUGUUUGACUGAAAGUAGGACAUAAUUUAUAGUAAAAUAAAUUCUAAUAUAAUAUUAGACUUUUGCGUUUUUGAUAUACACAUAUUUCAUUACCAAUAGUUGUACUUUUUACCAAAAGACAUUUUGUGGAAUUUUUUUUUGGACUACAUUUUUUUACCGCAUAGUUGUCAUCAUGAUUUUAUUUAAACAGCAAUAUUGACAUUUUCUGUUGAAAGGAUACUUCUCUUCUGCAUUACUCUGGAAGCUUUUCACUUAUUUUGUUUGAAUUAUUACCACAAAUAACAGAUUUGAAGUCAGUAAAUGCUGAUUUAGCACAUCACUUUUGAAUUUUUGAACCCAAAUAUGAGUACCAUAUGAGUACCACCCCACCGUUUUUAUCUUUCUUAAACCAGGAGAGACAAUCCAUGAUGGCUUUUAUAAUCUUCGCAUCAUUAUCACUUCCAGGAAAAGGUCCUACUGUAUCCAGAAUGUAAUGAUCAGGAAGGGCUAUGCCUUGAACUUCAAAUAGCUCUGCUUAUUAUGGCCACAGUAGGAUAUUCUCUGCAUCUUGCGAUCAGAAAUUUUAGGCAUAAAGAUAUAUGUACCUUCAAGUGUGACAGUUAUCCACUGGCCAAGAAAUGCUUCCGAGAACAUAUUGUUGUGCUCGAAGUAAAAAGAGUUGAACACUGUUUCCUUGAUAUGUCCAUCUUCAGUUUUACUUAAAACAACAAUAGUGUAUCCUUGUGGUUGGGAGUGUAAAUACCAGUGCUAAUAGAGAAUAGACAAUAACAAAGAAUUUUCAGAAACUGUGCUCUUGUCCAGCCAGUCUAUACUUUACUAUCUGCAUCAUCCACAGGGGAGAAACGCUGAGAAAAAGACUCCUGCUUUGAUAGCUUAUGUGAUAUCUCCAAAAGAUCAUUGAUGCUUUCCUUUGUUCUAGUAGGUAGCUGGGAAGUCAGUAUUUCUCUUUCAUCAGUGCAGACUUCAAUGUUAGGGUUAAGGUCUUUCUCUAUGAGAUGAUAUGAACAAGUACAUGAGGACCUAGGACACAACAGCUUGGGAUGAAAGAUGAGUUGGUGUUUUGCACACUUGGGCAAUAUAGUCGAGUUUUUGAUUGAAACUCUUCAUACAUAGUGUUCAUUUCGCAUGGGGAGACUGGCCAUAAAAUAGAUCCUCUGUGGAUAAUAAUGGGAUGUUUUGCCACAUAUCUUUAUCAACACCAAUGUUUUGACUAUCAGGUUGUGGCCUUCUUUUCUGAUAAUUCUUAAAAUAUCGCCAUCUGCUUUUAUAACAUCAAACAACCAGUUGUACUGGGGAAGUCUUAUAUUUCUAGCAGAUUUCUUGGUUUUAAUGUCUCUCCUGAAGACAACUUUACAACCUUCACCUACACAUCUACCUGUCAUUUUGAGAAUGGUACUGUAUAAGGUAUUUCAAGUCUCUGUCUUGGUAGAAAAUGUAGAAAGUAAUGUCAAAAGAACAAUUGAUGAUAUUGGGGUAUAUAUAAUAUAUUGUUGGUAGAUUUGUGGAGUAACUAUCGAUCAUGUAAUAUAUUGUAUUUAACAUCUAAUUAUAAUUGACAUGUGUACAUUGAGGUUUGUAGUGUAACAGGGUGUCUUCUAUGUACACUAUUGUUCAACAAGUCAUUAGGGCUUCAACACUUUACACAAAUGCUGAAUUUUUUAUCUUUUGGAAGGGUUUGGGUAAGAGAUAAAGCUAUCUAUAUGCUCAAUAAUUUUGAAUGGACUGAAUAUGGAAGAUAUACAAAAUGUCAUUUGUUCACAAAAAAUUGACAUUUUCCCCACUAAACACAUAAAAAUGAAGAAUAUCGGCUGCAUAAUUAUUGUCUUGAUAUUGGAUUUAGUUUAUGGUUCAAACUUUCCUAUUUCAUUAACAUAAUAUUUUUUUUGUUUGUUUUAUUACAAUCGCCGUUCAUAGUUAAGUAAUUUAGUUACAUUAUUAGUUCAUUUUGCAAGUGUUUAUUAAUUUUGAUUUAAUGUAAAGCCAAGAGAAUCAACUUUGAUGGCACAAAGCAAUGUAUCAGUGAGUGUUCUUGAAGGGUGAAAAAGAUCUUCAGGCAGACCUCAAUGGGAAAUUAGCAUUGCUGGAAACCCCACCUUUAGAUGUACAUGUUUCAUUAACAUUACUGCUUUUUCUUAACAUUUUUUUAUAAUAUUUUUGGGGGGAGGGGGAUUUUAAGAGUUUUUUUAAAUUUGUCUCAAAAUUAUCUGUCUUGAAGGGGACCAUGCAUUGACUGUACAUAUACUACCUUCUCUACAUAUCAUAUGUUAACUUUCAUGGUAAAAACAAAAGAGCUUGAUGUAAACCUAAUCUAAUCACUAGUGAUAACCAUCCUGACAGGUCCUUGACUCCAAUAAAACAAUUUCAUUCACAAUAAUAUUUGCCAGUUCAUGUAUGUUAUUACUCAAUUGAAAGUUGUAUCAGUUUAAUGAUGAUAAAUCUCCAUAUUAGUACAACACAUAUUACAUGUAUUACAGUACUAUCUGUAACAUGUGAUUUGUGUCAGGUAAAGUGAAGCCGGGUCACAUGAGCUGUAUCUCAAUUUGCCAAAUUUUUAAAGUUAAAAAGACUAUAGCCUGUUUCAGAAAACUUUAUCUAUAUUUACCAAUGCUAUCUAACAUGCUGGAAGCUGAUAUCAUGUGAAAUGAUAGGGAUUUUAUUAAGAGUGAAAAUUAAUUUCAGUUUAACAUGUUAUAUCUAUACAUUAAUGUGAUACUGAAAAAAAAAAUGAGAAAAUUAAGCGCUUUAUUAUCCAGAGCAGAUAAAGUGUCCUGCCUAAGAACACAAUCAUGAGAGCACAGGUAUGGUCUAUGAUCUGGGCUUCCUGUGAAUAACAGAAAGGUUGGAAGGUAUUUACUGACUCAGUGGAUUUUGCUUUUCUAGAUAUAUACUGAAGUUGUAUCUGAUUUUGUAAAACUUAAUUCUCCUGUAGUUUAUGCUUUAAGGCACCCUUCUGCUGAUAAUUUUCAUCCUUCAUUUAUAAUGUUCUGUAGCUCGUGUGUCUUUCACGUCAUUUAAUUCCAUAACCAAUAUCUUCUUGCUGUAAUAUUUGUAGCUCAGUUCUUUAGCUGACUUUUAUUUAUUUUUGGAUAAGUAGUAUUUGAUUCUGCUUUUUACACACCAUCCUCGGUACUCCAGGGGUUUCAAUCAAGUUCACACUCUGCACCCCUAGAAUAUUUCCUGGCAAAAUUGAAGGCACAAGCAAAGUAAUUUGUUUGGUCUAGAAUGGGUAUCAGGAGAAAAAAACUGACCAAUCACAGACUGACACACUCUUCUGAAGACUGCAAAGGGAAAAUACCCAACCCCAAAGUCAGUACAAGUUUCAAGUUUUCAAGUUUUAUUAAUCACUCCAGACACACCAUAAGUGUGUAACAGGAGGUCAAUCAUACAGAUACAAUCAGAUACAUUGUUUGAUAUUGUCUGCAAAUAAUCAGUACAGCAUUCCAUUUUCCACCUCUAGAAUUGUUUGAUGUACAUCAAAGGAUUAAACCAGUCUUCUCUUCUGAUACACUAGGUUUCACACGUGGAAUCUUCAAUUUUGCCAUGAAAUAUUCCAGGGGUACAGAGUCUAACAGUAACCCCUAAAUAUUAACGAUGUUCACAUACUGGAUUUUACUGUUGAAAUAUUGAAAUGUUUUGAAUAUUAAAACAAGAUCUUGCUAUGACUACACCCCCUACCCCUUAUCAUGGAAGUGAAAAGACAUGUUCAUUUAGUCAAUGUGGUGCAUAGGCAUAUCUUAAUUUUUUUAAAAUCUUUUUUGAUCAGUUUGCUGUAUAAUAAAACAAUUUGUUUUUCCUGAUACCAUUUAUUAUAUGAAAUCAGUCUGAAUUAUUGUUUUCAGAAAUAAUAAAGCAUUUGACGUAU